CUUGUUUGAUGUGCUCUUCUUAACGCCGGCUAAGAUCAAAUUCCAACUUUGACCUAUGGUUUGUCUCGGAUCUACUCGCGUAAUAUACACCAAAACAGCCAGAUUUUAUCAUUCGAUCCUUCCUUCCGACGAAGCAUUGCCUAAAAAAAGAUCAGUACACCGAUCAAGGGACACCGAAACUCGACACUUGAAGAGAUAAGAGGAGACCACCAGAGAUAUGGCCGCCAGCAGUGCAAUAGGAAGCUCCCCGGCGGCGCCAAACAUAGCGUGGAACGAGACCCAAAGGAGGUUCGAGACAGAAGACAAGAAAGCCUACGUCGAAUACGUAUUGAGACAAGACGGCAAAGUAAUGGACAUCGUCCACACUUUCGUCCCAUCUUCCAAACGAGGCUUGGGCUUGGCUUCUCAUCUCUGUGUUGCUGCCUUCAAUCAUGCCAAGUCUCACUCCUUGUCGGUCAUUACCUCUUGCUCUUAUGUCUCCGACACUUUUCUUCCACGGAACCCGUCUUGGAAUAGUCUGUUAUACUCAGAAGAGCCGAGAUCGAAUAUCUAAGUAGCUCCAUCUCUUUGUUGUUGGGGUUAUUGGAGAUAGAUAAGCUACUACAUGGAGUCAACAUCUCCCGCCAAAUAAUAA